AUGUCGAUACAAUUUGUGACCACUUGCCCUCGCAAAGUAUUUUACUUGGUUUCUCUUUCUUUUAUUUCAAUUCGUUCUUUCAUUUGUUCUUUGUUUUAUUCUUUCUUUUGUCGUACCUUCUUUCUUUAUAUUCCUUUUUCUCACUUUAUUUUCUCUUUCCUUUCCAUGAAGUUAUUAUUCUUUCGUUGCUUUAUUUAUUCUCUGGUUCAUUCAAUCUUUAUUUCAUAUUUUUCAUGUAUCGCUUCCUCCAUUCGUUCUUUCUUUAGAUAUCUUCAUCCUUUUCUAUUUUUUUUAUAUCUCUAUAUCCGUUCAUUCUUCCUUUACAUUUCUUUAUCCGUUUCUUCUUUCUUUAAAUUUCUUUAUGUGUUCCUUCAUCGUUUUAUUUCUUUCUUCGUUAUUUCUGUCUUUAUAUAUCUUUCUCCGUUCUUUCUUCCUUUAUUCUACAUUUUUUGGUACUUCUUUCUUUUGUUUAAAUUUCAUUCGUUUUUUCUCUUCCAUCUCUCACUGUUUUACUUUUUCUUUUUUUCUUCUUCUCUACUUCUGUUUUGCUACUUCCUUUAUUUAUUACUUAUUUCCAUAGUCUUUAUUCAUUUUUCUUUCUUUUUUUUCUUCUUUCAUUCUUGUAUUUUUCUUUCUUUUUUAUUGGUUCUUUUUCCAGUCUUUCAUUAG